UUUCUGGUAUUCCCUCAUUCCAAAUUUCCAAGUAAUUUCUUCGCGUCUAUAUAAUCCCAAAGCCCCUCCUACCUCAAACCUCCUCCCCUUCUUCUACUUCGUCCUCUUCCUCUCACCACCGCUCUCAGCCAUGGAAAUUCCGGUGCUCAACAUAAUUACUGAUCUUCCGUCCCGCCUGACCUCGCUGCCGGACCCAUCUUUUCUAUGGCAGAGUUUGUCGUUUCCCGGAAUCCAAAACGUCUCUCAAGCUUACAGUUUAUGGACAUGGGGAGCUCUAGUCCUCGCAAUUCUAGCUUCCUUCGGCACCCUCAUCGCUAUAAUCAACAUUUUUGUCAUCGGUCUCCGCCGCCUCCGGAUAUUAGACCCGCAGCCGCUUAAUCAGCAGCUCCACGACGGCGAGUAUUCCGACGUCAGUGACGACUACGAUAUCUGCUCUGCUUCUUCGGCGUCCUCCUUAUCCGAUGAAGAUUUGGAACCCGAAAUAUCGUUCGACGACGAAAGUAAUUCGAUUGGGAGAGAUGAACAAUUCCACGUCAAAGGCUCGGGUUAUUACGGCGACGGCGGAGUGCAGAAUCGUAAUUUUCGACUCCUCCGCCGCCGAAGCUUCGGAGGACAUCGAUUCUCGUGGUCCGACUUCACGGCGGGCAAUAGCGUCGUAAAGCUCUGGGACACAUCGUCGCCGGCCACGUUUUUGUCCGCGGACCCAGCCCCGUCGGGGCUCGUGUCUCUGGGUGUCUGGGACGCGCGCGUCGGAUGCCGGAUUCCGGCGAUACUCGCGGAGUGGGGCCCGCAGAUCGGGAGAAUAGUUGGAGUGGCAUCUGGUGGCGUGGAGAAAGUCUACGUCAAGGAUGGCGUAACCGGCCAUUUGACGGUCGGUGACGUGAGGAAAGUGGCGUCGCCGUUAGGGAGUGUAACGGAGGCUGACGUGGACGAUACGUGGUGGGACGCCGACGCCGUUGUUGUGACGGACGAAUCAGCGGUGAGUGGAUGUGACUCGGCCGUGAUACGGUGUUGUAGCGCGGUUAGGUCUUAUCUGCUGUAAAUUAUUAGUACGAAACAACAGAAAUCAAAUAAUGCCAGGUCAUUAUUUUGUAAAUAUCCUUUAAUAUUAUUUACCUGGAUUUACUAUUUUUGUUUACCUUUCAAUUUGUUUUUCUUUAGCUUGUAAUCAACAGAAAAAUGGCAAAUUACAAGCUUCAUACUAGCUUCCUCUGGUGAUGGAAUCGAGAUCAUUUCUGGAUCUCGUAGUUUGAAGCCAAUGAAGAAAAAUUCGGACCAAUUAUUUUAAA